CGUCUCGGUUAUCCGAAGGAAGGAAAGUGGAGGGAAUCAAACAAACAAUUGGCGUCUUCGUCGUGGUGGUGGUGGUCUGCCACAGCCAGGCCAGGCCAGGCAUCGCGAGGGAGUGAGUGGCAGAGCCAGUGGGAGUGUGUGUGGGGCUGGCUGGUGCUUACUCAAUUAGAGGAGGUUCACAAUUAGUGCCAUUUCCCUCUGUUGUUCAGGGAUGGCGAUGGCGAUGGCGGUGCCGUUCUCCACCUCGACCUCCACUUCCACGCCGCUGGGCCUGGUGUCCCCGCGGCUGGGUGCUCUCAAGGGAUGGACUGAAUCUUUCGGAGCUUCCAGCUUCGAGUCCUUCAUGCGCUUGACCCGUGCCUCUCCUUGCAAAUUGCAAUGCCAGGGCUCAUACAGGGAAAGAAGCAAGGAGAUUCAAGCAGCAGCUGCUGCAGGUGUUGAUUUACUCACAGUAGGUCAAAAACAGGAACAGGUUUUACCCCGUGGGCCCUCAUGGGCUGUUCACAAAUUUGGUGGGACUUGUGUUGGCAACGUUGAGCGCAUACAAAAUGUGGCAAAAAUAAUUAUUGACGAUCCUUCAGAACGCAAGGUUGCAGUCGUGUCGGCCAUGUCCAAGGUGACCGACAUGAUGUAUGAUCUGAUCCGUAAAGCUCAGGCGCGUGAUGAUUCUUACAAUUCUGAUUUGGAUGUGGUUCAUGCGACGCACAAGGAAACUGCCGUGGCUCUUCUUGAGGAUGGACAUGAUCUCACCAAGUUCCUUGGUAUUUUGGAAUCAGACAUUAACAACCUUCGAGCAAUGCUUCGAGCUAUUUAUAUUGCUGGUCUUGCCACCGAGACUUUUGAAGAUUGGGUUGUCGGACACGGAGAGUUGUGGUCUGCACAGUUGCUUGCUGCCACUGUCCGAAAGGGAGGCCUGCCAUGUGUUUGGAUGGAUGCUAGGGACGUGAUAGUGGUCACGCCUACUGGAAAGUUGCAAGUCGACCCUGUUUAUGAGGCUUCUGCAGAGAAACUUGACAAGUGGUAUUCACGAUACCCGUCUGACACUGUUAUCGUGACUGGGUUCAUUGCCAGUACCACGGACGACAUUCCAACUACAUUAAAACGAGAUGGCAGUGAUUUGUCAGCAGCGAUCAUGGGUUCACUCUUUCAAGCUUCAAGGGUGACCAUUUGGACAGAUGUGGAUGGCGUUUUUAGUGCUGAUCCAAGGAAAGUUAGCGAAGCAGUGAUCCUCAAAUCUUUGUCUUAUCAAGAGGCUUGGGAGAUGUCAUACUUUGGAGCUAACGUGCUUCAUCCCCGGACAACAAUACCUGUAAUGAAGUCCAACAUUCCUGUAACCAUACGCAAUAUUUUCAACGUUUCGGCUAUAGGGACCGAAAUCCGAGGGUUCUCAGAUUCUGAAACUCUUCAAUAUGCAGCAAAGGAUUUUGUCAAGGGAUUUACAACUGUCGACAAUAUCGCUCUUGUGAACGUGGAGGGAACAGGCAUGGCAGGAGUUCCUGGAACAGCAAGUGAUAUUUUCGACGCUGUGAAAGGUGUGGGUGCGAACGUGGUCAUGAUCUCCCAGGCCAGUAGUGAACACUCGGUGUGCUUUGCGGUACCCAUGAAAGAGGUGGAUACUGUUAGUCGAGCAUUGGAGACCAAGUUUAGAAGGGAUCUUGAUUCUGGACGCCUAUCAAAGGUGGAAGUGGUAAAAAACUGUUGUCUACUUGCAGCAGUUGGGCAACGAAUGGCCAGCACUCCCGGUGUUAGUGCGACUCUCUUUACUGCGCUUGCCAAGGCCAACAUCAAUGUGAGAGCAAUUGCACAAGGAUGCUCAGAAUACAAUAUCACAGUGGUGGUGGAUCAGGCUGACUCCAUCAAGGCUCUCAAGGCGGUGCAUUCAAGGUUUUAUCUUUCAAAAAUUCCUAUAGCUGUUGGGCUCGUUGGUCCUGGUCUUAUCGGAAAGACUCUUCUUGACCAAUUUAGAGAUCAGGCGGCGUCAUUAAAGGAGGAUUUUCACAUUGAUUUGCGUGUAAUGGGUAUUAUUGACUCGAACACCAUGUACUUAUGUGAUACAGGUGUCGACUUGGCGAACUGGAGGGAGUUGAUUGAAACCCAAGGAUGUCCAGCAGACAUGUCCAAAUUCACAGCGCAUAUGCAGAAUCACUCCCUACCAAACACUGUGAUCAUAGACUGCACUGCAAGUGUCAAAGUCGCCGAGAAGUAUUAUGACUGGAUGCAGAAACGCAUGCACAUUAUUACUCCAAAUAAAAAAGCCAAUUCAGGUCCGUAUGAACAGUACGCUAAUUUGAAGGAGCUUCAACGUCAAUCAUACACGCAUUAUUUCUAUGAAGCCACUGUUGGAGCAGGGCUGCCAAUUGUCAGCACUCUUCGAGGACUUCUGGAAACUGGUGACAAGAUUGUGAAGGUGGAGGGUAUUUUCAGUGGCACAUUGAGCUACAUAUUCAACAGCUUUGACGGAACGAAAUGUUUCAGUCAGAUUGUUAAAGAGGCAAAAGCUGCUGGCUACACGGAACCUGAUCCUAGGGAUGAUCUCUCUGGCAUGGAUGUUGCCCGUAAGGUCAUUAUCCUAGCUCGGGAAUGUGGAUUGCAGUUGCAGCUGGAUGAUAUAAAAAUCGACAAACUGCUUCCAGAAUCUCUUUCGGCGCUUGAUUCCGUAGACGAGUUCUUGGAGAAACUUCCAAGUUUUGACGCAGAGAUUGAAGCUCAAAGAAAGGAUGCCGAUUCAUCGGGAAUGGUCUUGCGUUUUGUAGGGAUAGUAGAUGUGAAAGCUAACCAGGGAGCCGUAAAACUGGUGAGACUCCCGAAAUCGGAUCCGUUUGCCCAACUUUCUGGAACUGACAACAUCAUCGCCUUCACCUCCAAAAGGUAUUCCAAGGAUCAACGUCUCAUAGUGAGGGGUCCAGGAGCUGGUGCUGAAGUCACUGCCGCUGGUGUGUUCAGUGAUUUGUUGCGGCUUGCUUCUUAUUUGGGUGCUCCUUCAUAGAUUCUCAACGGAAAGAAUCUAAAAUUGCCUUUCUGGGGCUUGUAUUAUCAAAAUCAAGUUCAUCAGGUCAGCUUUUUUGAGGUUACAGAAGUGACCCAGUAAGUUUGUGCAUGUCUGAUUAGUCGAGAAGCAUCAAUACUUAGCACUUCGGAAGGUUGUGCUGCUGUUGCGAUUAUGCAUCGAGUUCAAUUAUGUUGCAAGUGAGGUUAGUCCCUCAUCUAUAUGUUUCUAAUUACUGUUAUUAUUAAAGAUUGGCCUUCAAUGGAGGAUCAAAAUGUGGAUCAGAAUGUGAUCAGGGAUGUGAAACCCAAGCCAGUGUGGUAGAGAAUUCCUGGUGCUGUAUGCUGCGCCCACGGAAUAGGCAUCUAGAAUUUUUUGGAAUUGUAAUGUACCAGUUUGGUAAAAACAAAUACCAGUCCGGCUUUGUAAAACACAUGUAUUCUGUCACCUUA